AUGGCUGAAGGUAUUUCUACCUCGCUCCAGACCUGCCCUACGGAUUUUCAGAGGCUUUCCGUCUCAGAGAAUCUUCCAUCUACCCCAUGUCUUUCUCAUCUGCAUGUGAAUGAUCCGGGGCUUACACCUUCCCCUGGGUCCCAGCUGCAGCAGUCCACCGAUGCCUCUCCGGACGGAGGACACGGCCUGUCCGUUGAAGAAGCAAAGCCUACCGCAGUCGACCAGCAUAUUACGCCCGACCGCGCGGACCGAUCCGAAGGUACGAUAGUCGAUUCUACGUCUGAAAAGGUCGAAGCACCACCCUCUCUUGAGCAAAGAGAAUUGCGCCAGUCCGAAGACUUAUCGCCCAUGACCACGCCCAUCCCAGGGCUUCAUGGUCCUCCUGCUGCGCCAUCCAGAACUCCGGCCGAGGACUUGUACGACCCCCUCUUCGACUCUGAGGUUAUGUUUCAUGAACUCGAUACGGUUUUUGGUUCACGCAAACGAGCCGGUACAGAAGCAUUCGAGGAACCAGACCUUUGGCAGCAGAUUUCCAAGCGGCAGGCCCUCGAAUCAUUCCAAGAUGAAGUCAGCACAUCUCCAGACGACACGCCGUCCUUAUUGUCUCUCGACUCAGCCUUGCAGCCUGAUCGAAAUGGAACUGGACCACACACGCCUCUAGAUCCUGACCAGCAACCCAUACCGACCGCUCUGUUCGAGUCUUUGGGUCCAUUGUUCGAUGGGUCGCCUUUCGAUGUGCCCAUCGAGUUGGAUUAUCACGGGCUACCCGAGUUUGAUUUUCACGAGCUUAGCCAGGAGCUUGCCGCGGUCACCAAAAUACCAACCAGUAUCUGCGCUGCUCCUCAAGACACGCCGUCCGUGAGCGAGAUCACGAAAAAGCGGUUCUCCAUUGAUGAUCAGGAUCUCAUGGAAUGCACGAGUCGGGAGGUCUUACGCCGCGUGUAUGACGAACCGCCAUAUAUCUCACCAUAUCCGUCUUACUCCGGGCCUUUGGGUUAUCUGCCGUCCGCCCCCAAUGUUCAUGUUCGACACAUCGAGGUUGCAGAAGAUAAGGCGAACUUCCGCUUGUCGACGUUGAAACAUCGGGUGCAGCAGCUCUCAGUGGAGCGACAAAAGCUCAGGACGAAAGUGGAACAUUUGACGAAAAUGAGCACGGUCGAUCGGCGAACGGGAAAAUCGCACUAUGAACUGCUACGCGAGCAGAAUGCCAUGCUCCGCCGGGUCUGCACGCAGCACCAGAACCGGGUGGAGCAAUACAAGAAAGAGGCGCUCGAUUGGCAGAGCAAGCUUCACCAGCUCGGCACGGUCUAUAACAAUCUCUUAUAUGAGAUCCAGGUACAGAAGCAGACGCCGGUGGUGACUGGAGUUCCGAAUGGGUACAAGCCCCUUCAGCAGAUUCAGCCGUCGCCGAGACAGCAAGCGCCCGUGCGAAUACCCGGUGGUACGUGUAUUGCCCUGCCUCCAGCUGGUUCCGCAAAACUCGACCCCACGCCUAUCCUCCAUCGCCCUAUCGCUCCCAGUCCGCCCAAACGCGACCCGGUGACGAUCGACCUGACGGCCGACGACCCACCGAAGGCGGCAGGCCCAACCCCAGCUGAGAAGCAGCGUCAGGCGGAGAUAUUCCAAUCUCUCCGCAGCAAAAGAUACAGUUGGCUGAAGGACGCUGACGCGGUUGACCGCCACAGCAUGAGCCCCCGCCCACCGCAAAGCUAUCGUGCUGGUUGCAGUGGGCCCCGGGCCCUGGAAUUGGGGGAGGACGAAAAAGCCGAGCGGAUCCGCAACCUCUCCGCCUCCGGGCUUGCGUCAGCCGAUCGCAUGGAACCCUCCGAUUCUAGCGAUGACUUGGCUCGUAUGAUGGAGGAGGAGCUAGCACAGGGCUAA